AUGCCCGAGACGCUUGCGUACCCGGGUUGGCACUAUGCUGGCAUGGUCUAUCGACAUCUCAAAGCCACUGACACCCUGACUUUCAAUUCCUGGACGCUGUUCCAGAAAGCAUAUCCGAACCAGCUAGAUCUCACCCAUGCUUUCCGCGUAAGCCACCACGACUCCCUCGCCUCCUGGCCUUCCAUCGUCAAAAGCCUGACCGCGCUCGACGGCAGUGUGCUCACCCGCUUCUGCGCCCACGGCACGGAUCUGGACCUCUCACAGUUACUGUCCCUUGCGAACAUUCCGACGUUAGCAGCUCUGGUCCAAGUCGGCGACUCCAGACACCCCGGGGACUGCGCGGCGUUGAGCGAGUCCAGCGUGCGUGCCUGGUGUCGCGCGGUGCGCGAAAAGAAGGCGUUACGGAAGCUGAAGCUGCUCUUUUUGUCUUGCAUGUCUGACGCGCUACCACGGCACCUUGAUGCGUUUCCGGCGCUGAGGCUUGUCGGUGUGGAUCGUCGUCACUCGACUGGCGGGUGGGAUGCUACUCCGAAGGCCUGCGGUCGGUGGGUCCGUCCUGGCUCUGUUGAUCAAGACAAGUUUACCCAGACGGUGUGCGGGUCGCGGUACUCGAUAGCCGAGAAGACGGAGCGUCUGUGCGGAUUUGCUGAGGAGCUGCCAUCGCCCGAGGGAGAAGUUGACGAUUUGGUUACGCUUUCUUUGACUUGUGAUGCUGCUGCAGAGCCUUAUCUUCGGAGUGAGAGUAUAGCAUGGUUCGUCCGCGACCCAGCUGCAAAAGAAACACAGCCGCGUGUUGCUCGGCCUAUACAAGAUGGGAGCGACCGCGCGACGAAGAAGCGUAAAGUCAGACAGGAGAAGCAGCAAGAUGUUGCCUCACUGCUUGGAUUAUUUGGCUGA